AUGACGAGUAUUGCCAAUCCAAAAUUAACAUCAUCCGUCCUUUCAACAAAUACAAAUAGCACUAAGAAUUCAUCAUCAUCAUCAUCAACAUCAAUCAAAAAAGAAGUCAAUAAUAAUACAUCACGAACAUCAAAUGGAAAUACUUCCAAAUCAACAAUAAUUAAUAAAAAAGAACCGAUUCAAAGUUCACCAAUAAAACGAAAAAGUCGAGUUUUAUCAAGUAGUGACGAAUCGGAUGACGACAACCAAUCAUUGGCUAAAAAAGUUGCUGCUAUAAAUGGCGAAACUUCAUCAACACCUGUUACAAUUAAAAAUGAACCUAAAACUGAAUUAACACCAACAAAAAAAGAUUCUUCAGAAACAUCUACAGUUAGAAAGGAAUCUACGACUCCAACUGUUAAAAAGGAAACAACAACACCUGUAAUUAAAAAAGAAUCAACAACACCUGUUAUUAAAAAAGAACCAAAAUCGGUCUCAUCAUCACCACCAAAACGUAAAAGUGCAACUGUCGAUACUGAUGAUGAUGAUAUUCCAUUGGCUAAAAAAGCUAAAAGUCAAACAGAAAGAAAAUCAGCAUCAUCAGUUGUUGUAAAACAAGAAAAAAAAUCAGAUGUGAAACCAUCAUCAUCAUCAUCAACUAAAAAAUCAUCAACAAAUAUAAAACAAGAAAAGGUUAUACCUAAAAAAGAAUCGAAACCUACAAUAAGUUUAUCACCCACGAAAGAAACAAGUGGAAAACGAAAGAAAAAAGAAGAAGAAGAAGAUGUUUGGAGAUGGUGGGAAGAAGAAAAAUAUACUGAUGGUCGUAAAUGGACAACACUGGAACAUAAAGGUCCAUUAUUUCCACCUCCGUAUGAAUCAUUACCAACGCAUUUUUCUUUUAUUUCUCUCUUAGGUACGGAAGUUAAAUUAAAAGAACCAGCUGAAGAAAUAAUGACAUUCUAUUCUCGUAUGCUUGAUCAUGAUUAUACAUCAAAAGAAGUAUUUAAUCAUAAUUUUAUGUCUGAUUGGCGUAAAUCAAUGACGCAAGCUGAACGUGAAUUAAUUAAAGAUAUACGUAAAUGUGAUUUUACACAAGUUGCUAAUUAUUUUAAAGAACAAAGUGAACAAAGAAAAGCUAUGAGUAAAGAAGAGAAAAAAAAAUUAAAAGAUGAAAAUGAAAAAUUACGUAAAGAAUAUGGUUAUUGUAUGUGGGAUAAACAUCGACAACCAGUUGGAAAUUAUAAAAUUGAACCACCAGGUUUAUUUCGUGGUCGUGGUGAACAUCCAAAAAUGGGUUGUGUUAAAAAACGUAUUCGACCAGAAGAUGUUAUUAUUAAUAUUGGUCGAGAAGCACAGAUACCUAAACCACCUGAAGGACAUCGAUGGAAAGAAGUUCGACAUGAUAAUAAAGUAUCAUGGCUUGUCAUGUGGACAGAAAAUAUCCGAGGAAAUAAUAAAUAUAUUAUGUUAAAUGCUUCAUCUCGUGUUAAGGGUGAACGUGAUUGGCAAAAAUAUGAAAAAGCACGUAAACUUCAUAGAGUUAUUGAUAAAAUACGCGAAAAUUAUCAAAUCGAUUGGAAAAGUAAAGAAAUGCGUAUACGUCAACGUGCUGUUGCACUUUAUUUUAUUGAUAAACUCGCACUCCGUGUUGGUAAUGAAAAAGAUGAAGAUGAAGCUGAUACCGUUGGUUGUUGUUCAUUACGUGUUGAACACAUUAAAUUAUACGAUAAAAUCGAAGGCAUUGGUGAAAAUAUAGUUGAAUUUGAUUUUCUUGGUAAAGAUAGUAUUAGAUACACAAAUAAAGUCAGUGUUGAAUCACGUGUAUAUAAAAAUUUAAAAUUAUUUAUGGAAAAUAAAGAAGCCGAAGAUGAAUUAUUCGAUCGUCUUACGACAACAAGUCUUAAUCAAUAUUUAAGUGAAUUAAUGGAAGGUCUUACUGCUAAAGUUUUUCGAACAUAUAAUGCAUCAAAAACACUUCAAGAUCAAUUAGAUUUACUUACAGAUCCAAAAGCAAAUAUACCAGAAAAAGUUCUUGCUUAUAAUCGUGCUAAUCGUCAAGUUGCAUUACUUUGUAAUCAUCAACGUUCAGUACCAAAAACAUUUGAAAAAAGCAUGGGAACACUUAAAGCUAAAAUUGAUGCAAAAAAAUCUGAAGUUGAUGAACAAAAAGCAGAACUUAAACGAGCCAAAGCUGACUAUAAAAGUUCGAAAAGUCAAACAAAUCAGAAAAAAAUGGAACAAAUUGAAAAGAAAUUACAACGUACAGAAGAAGCAUUAAAAAAACUUGAAGUACAAGCACUUGAUCGUGAAGAAAAUAAAGAUAUUGCACUUGGUACAUCGAAACUUAAUUAUCUUGAUCCACGUAUUAGUGUAGCAUGGUGUAAAAAAUGGAGUGUACCAAUUGAAAAAAUUUAUUCAAAAACUCAACGUGACAAAUUUCGUUGGGCUAUUGAUAUGGCAACACCUGAUUAUCACUUUUAUAAUUAUAAAGGUGAAAUUGUUCUACGUAAUGUUGAUGAAACAAAUAAUAAUGGUGAAGAUGAUGAUGAAGAUGAUGAACAAAAUUCGGAUGAUGAGUGA